UUAUUCAACUAGGAGGAGCGAGCGAGCUAGCUAGGGUUUUAGAAGACGAGGGCAAUGGAUUGGCGCAGUGGCCUAUGCUCCGAUGCGCGGAAUAAGGUCGUCGAGAGAAUAAUGGACACGCUCCAGAAGCAUAUGCCACACAAUCUGCCCAUGAACGAGCUGCUCAAGAUCGCAUGCCGCUUCGAGGAGAGGGUUUACAUGACGGCGACGGAUCAGCAAGACUAUGUCCGGAGGAUAUCCGUGAAGAUUCUCUCGCUAGAGCAUAAGUCGUCCCAGAACAACAGCAACGCUCCCCCGCCAAAUCCGUCGGAUGCUUCUCAGAUUGUUUCUGGGACUUCGUCUCUCAUGGGUCCUCAGCAGCCAGGGCUCCAGCAGCAGCCCCAGCAAAUCCAGCAGGAGCACAUCCAGCAGCAGCAACCACAGCAACAACAACUUCAGCAGCAGCAGCAGCAGCAAUUACAGAUGAGACAAGCUCAAGCUCAAGUCCCGCAAAGUUUUGGCAACAACAUCCAACUGAGUGGUCGCGUCAGACCACAUCAGUCUUGGCAAGGGAAUCCCAUUGCCACAGAGGACCGAGAACCUCACAGCUCUCAUCCGAGAACCUUCCCUCGCAGACCGAGAACCUUCCCUCGCAGACAGAGAAUCUUGUUUCGCAGGCUCAUUCUCUCACCUAACCUUCCGGUCCAGGAAGGCGCCCAUGGCAGAGCAGAUCGAGAGGCCGGAUUACUGCUCCUCGGAGAGCAGGCUCUUCUAGAGCUCGCAGAGAAGCUGGAGGACAGCGCGAGCAAGGGUGCUGGGGAGGAGAGGAGGACCAAUCUCGUCUCGAAAGCCUUGCGGGAUGGAUCGGCCGAGGUCGCGGUUACGUGUAAGUGGCCUAGCAGCAAAGACGAAGUCACAAACGUGAAGUUUCUCAAGGAUUCAGAGAUCCUGCCGCUGGUGACAGAUUCCCAACGUCAACGUGUGGAACUCCCAGGCGAAACGGGAACUCGCGGUGUGAGCAUCGGUAUAAGUACGUUCCUCCCUCGACACCGGAAGGCCUCUGGAACAUUGGCUUCUCAGAGACCUGAUCCGAACGACACAACUGGAAAUGUCCAUCAGGAGAAUCGCCGGCGCAGGAAUGAUGCCCCACUUGCUGCGAACGUCUUCCAGAUCUUCGUCCAGGUGCUGCUCGUAGUAAACGCACAUCAGGUCCGUGGCGGAGUUCCCAGCCUUGAAAGCCCAGGGGAUGAACUCCCGGAAGAGCGCGUCCCUCUGGUGUGGCUUGAGCCGCCACGAAGCUCCGGCAACCGAGAGGAAACACAUCGGCAUGGUGGUCUGCUGGAACUCGAGAGCUUUCAAGGCGAGCUCUCCCAUGACGCUGGUGGGCAGGCUAAAGAGGACGUGCCAAAAGUCGUGAACUUCCCGGGCUCGUGUCGCAACGCGGCGCCAAAGGUAUUGGGUGGGAGAUCCCAGGCGCGAGACAUUGCCGACGAUGUCACUCUGGGACGCUCCGCGAGAAUUCUCUGCUUGGAGCAAAGGAAUUGCUUGGAGAUGGAUAGGAAGAACAAGAUUUGCUUGCUACCUGGCCCUCGGGGCUUCGCUCCAUACGCUCCAGCAUUCGCUGGAACGCAAAUCCUCCCAAUGGACACGCUCCAGAAGCAUAUGCCACACAAUCCGCCCGACGGCAUGAACGAGCUGCUCAAGAUCGCAUGCCGCUUCGAGGAGAAGAUUUACAUGACGGCGACGGAUCAGCAACCACAGCAACAACAACUCCAACAGCAGCAGCAGCAGCAGCAAUUACAGAUGAGACAAGCUCAAGGUCAAGCUCAAGUCCCGCAAAGUUUUGGCAACAACAUCCAACUGAGUGGUCAAGGCAGACCACAUCAGUCUUUGCAAGGGAAUCCCAUUGCGGCCUUGCCAGCACACCUGCAAGGACAACAAGCAAACCUUGCCGGUCUCGGCCAGAAUUCAGCUGCCGUGAGAAUGAUGCAAGCUCGUCAAACUCAAGUGCAGCCACAGCAGCAGCAGCAGCAACAACAACAGCAACAACAACAGCAGCAACAACAGCCUCAACAACAACCACAGCAUCAGCAGCAACAACAACAGCCUCAAUCUUCACAACCUCCGCAUGUUGCUUCUCAGCAGAUGCUUUACCGGAUGCAUAUGAAGCAAAAGCAACCCGGCUUGCAACAGCAGCAGCAACCGACGAGUAUGGUUCUAAAACCUUCUGGGAUUAAUUCGCAGCAAGGUCUACUUCCGCAACAGCAGCAACAGCAGCAGCAGCCGCAACAGCAGCCGCCCGUGACCCUGUUGCAGCACCAUCAACAGCAGCAGCAGCAGCAGCAACAGCAGCUACCACCAUUGCAACAGCAGCAACAACAACAACAGCCACAGCUAGCUGGACUUUCUCAGCCUCAGUCAAAUAUGUCUCAGCAUCAACCAAGCUUGAUGCAACAGCAGCAACAACCGUACAUGCAGCAGCAACAGCAGCAGCCGAGUGCUCAAGCUUUGCACCAGCAGCAGCUCUUGAGCAAUGGCCAGCAGAUGCUUCAGCAACAAAUGCUUCAGCCGAAGCAGCAACAAGCACUGCCGCAGCAAAAUCAACCCCUCGGGAUGAUGCAACAACGUGCCGUGUCCGAAGCUUCCUCAGCUUCAGUUGAUUCGGGUCAGACAGCUCAGUCCGCUACCAUCGACCAACAAGAGACGGUGUGGAACAAGCUGCAAAACCUCAAGGACAAGUAUUUACCUGACAUGAACGAUCUUCGGAACAUGCUUGUUGCACGAAGUCAACAGUCAAUGCCCGCAGAUCAGCUACAGAAGCUGAAUCAUUACAAGGACGUGUUAAGCCGAAUGAUUCCAUAUUUAUCUGCCUCGAGGACCAACCUUCCAAAGGAGUUCAGGCUAGACAAGUUAGAAGCCUUCGAGAAGCAAAUUGUGAGUAUUAUGGAGACUUUUAAGAAGCGUAAGCUCCCUCAGCAACAGCAGCAGCAGCAAGUGCAACUUCAGCAGCAGCAGCACCAGCAGCAAGGAAUGCUUGGCGGUCAGAUUUCGUCCGUGCAGCAUCCGCCUGUCACAAUUCCGGGGCAGAAUACUGCUCAGCCCAACAUGAUGCACAGUCUAAAUCCUCUCCAGCAGCAGCAGCAGCAGCAGCAGCAUGUGUUUAAGCAAGAUCUUCUACAGCAGCAGCAGAUGAAGAGAAUCCAACUGGCUCAGCAGCAGCAGCAAAAGUUGCAGCAAGCUUCCAACCUCGUCCUUCCUCUGCAGCAGCAACAACACCAGCAGCAACAAAUGCAGGAGGAUUCGAAGAUGGAUAUCCGAAGAAUGAUGGCGACUAAGCGAGUGCAGCAGCAGCAGCAGAACCAGCUGAAUCAGAUGAAAGUUGGAUCGCCUCAGCUGACUUCAUCUCCCCAGAUUCUGCAAGCUCCAUCGCCUCAACUGGCCCAGCAACUGUCACCGCAGAUAGACCAGCAGCAUGCUCAAGGUUUAACUACCGUCAAAGUUGGCACGCCUUUGCAAGCGGCGACACCACCGUUUAUGACUCCCUCUCCGUUGCUUCCGGUUGCUUCGCCACCAAUCGAGGACGCCGAGCAUAAAGCGGCUACUUCCGCUGUGUCCUCGAUAACGAGUUCCCAGCCGAUUGGCUACAACCAGUCCACCGCAACUCCAGUGAUUGGCACACCAGGCAUUUCGGCGUCACCUUUCUUGGAGUUUUCCCCGAGUCCUGCUCAAGUCGCUGGCUCGCAGGAUCCAGCGCCCGGGACUCCAUUUGGCCAGAAGGGCCUCGAUCCUUUGGAGAGGCUUCUUAAGAUCGUUAGCACGAUGUCUCCAAAAGCUCUCAGCGCAGGCGUGAGGGAAAUGAGAUCUGUCGUGAACUUGUCCGACAAGCUCGCGGCCUCAGCACCCGGCCCUGGUUGCAGAGCAGCUGUCGGGGAGGACUUGGCUGCAUUGACAAAGAGUCGUCAGCAAUCUAGAGCUUUGGCAUCAACGCAGGAAGGCCCAGCAGCUGCGAAGAAGGUCAAGCGUCAGCUCGAUUCCAUUGCGCUGACACUAAUCUCCUCGGAUGGAAGCGUUGUGAACAGUCUCCACAAAGGGGACGAGGCCGACCUUGAGUCAUCCGUCACAUCCGGGUGGAAGAGUCAAAAACUUGAGAUAAGUUAUGUCCUGGAGCAAGAAAUUCGCGACACGAAUGACCACCUCAUCGACACCGUCGUGGAUAUCAGUGAGGAUGGGACUGAGGAAGCAGCCUCCGAAGGCAAGGAAGGUCUUGUUCUUACAUUUUCGUACAACGGCCUUGAGAUUCCAGAAACGAUACAUCACAUGGCCGUUUUGUCACCGCUACGAGUACUCGUCCCUCCAACUUAUCCAAAGACUCCUCCGCUUCUAAUGUCCGACAAUUUUGAUCCAAACUCCAAUCACUUGCUGUCAGUGGUGGCUAGAGACUCGUUUUCCAGGGCGGUGAGGCUCGGUAAUUAUACCCAUCCUCUCACGAUCAAAGCCAUGGCCAGAGCAUGGGACGAGUGUGCUCGAAAGGUUGUAUCGGAGGCGAUUUACGGCAGCAGCGGUAGCAGCAACGGUGGUCCUUUCCUAAGCAGCAUCGGCGUUUGGGAGAACUGCGUAGCAACUUAGCUUCACGACAGUGUUAAUACAAGAUGAGGUAGUGGAAGGUAAUUCGCGGAGUAAUGUAAGUUUGCUGCUAUAUAUACAGGUAUUUAUGCUAGAGCAAAGCCAGGGCGUCGUUUCGCGAAGCGCGAGAAACGCACUUCGUUGGCGUGAACAGCUGAUGUUGUUGACUAGAGAAAUUAUACAUACUUUUGGAUC